GAUUGCAGCAGUAGCAACGCGCAAGCUGGGGAGACGCAGCAGUUGUAGCCACGGAGCGCGAGGAGCCGCUUCUUCCCCCGAAAGAGACGGGAUUGAUUCUAAGGCUGAAGCCGAUCCAGCGCCGGACGGACGGACGGACGGACGGACGCCUCGACGAGCCAGAGCGGAGUCCCAGCCGGCGCUUGAUCUGCUGCCCGGACCCUCCGCCGCCCCAUGGGCGCGCCUCGGAGUUCGUGCGCCUUCGCGAGCCUCUUCUUCUGCCUGCUCUCCGGCGCCAUCGCCCAGAGGGUGAAAGUCCUGGAUGAGGUCACGGGCUACCUGGGGCAGGAAGUCACCCUGCCGUGCACGUUUGUGUCGAUGGGCACCGAGAUCAAGGUCAGCCAGGUCACCUGGAUGAAGGAAGCCGCGGGCAGGAAGCAGAAUGUGGCCGUCUUCCACCCGGACCACAAGCCCAGCUACCCAUUGGAGACGGAGCGCGGGCGGAUCCGCUUCAGGACCCAGACCCUGGAGGACGCUACGCUGAUCAUCGGCCCCCUGCGCAUGGCCGAUGAGGGCACCUAUGCCUGCGAGUUCGCUGCGUACCCCUCGGGCAACGAAAACGGCAUCACCAACCUGGUCGUACUGGCCAAGCCCACAAACACUGCAGAAGCCCAGGAGGUCAAGGCUAGCAACCUCGAACUCCCUGUGGCCGUCUGCACCUCCGCCAGCGGGAAGCCGCCAGCCCGCAUCACGUGGCAGUCGGGGCUGAAGGGCAACGCCACCGUCUCGGAGGUGACCAACGCGGAUGGCACGGUCACCGUCACCAGCUACUACCGCAUGGUGCCCACCAAGGAAGCCAACGGGCAGCACAUCACCUGCAUUGUGGAGCACAAGACACAACCACAGCCAGAAGCUCUUCCAGUGGUGCUUUCAAUAUUGUAUCCUCCUGAGGUCACCAUAGAGGGAUAUGACGACAACUGGUAUUUGAGCCGCAACGAGGCCAUGCUCAAGUGCACCGCCAAGGGGAACCCUCUGCCCACCGAGUUCACCUGGAGCACGGCCAAUGGGCCACUCCCAAAGACUGUGGAGGUCCAGGGCGACAAACUCUUGGUGCGCAACGUGGAUGCUUCAGUGAACACCACUUUUAGAUGCCAGGCCACCAAUCGCGUGGGACAGGUUUCGACAGACCAAGUCAUCUUUGUCCGAGAUAAGCCCAACCUGGAAGGGGCAGGCACCACAGGGGGGAUCAUUGGUGGCCUCAUUGCGGCCAUUGUGGCCGUGGCCGUGGUGGCUACCGGCAUCCUGAUCUGCCGCCAGCAGCAGAAGAACCGGAUGGAUCGCGAGGACGACGACCAGGAAGGACCUCCUGCUUACAAGCCGCCCCCACCCUGCCAGCUGUCUGACGAAACAGAACCGGUUCCCACUCCCAGUGAGGCUGAGAGUAUCCCGCUCAAAGCACCCUUUUAUGAACCCAGCAUCACAGACGAUCUCUUUGGUGGGGUCGCUGCCACCGCAAUGGAGGAGGCCCCGCGAUACCACGAGCUGCCAACGCUGGAAGAGCGAGAGGCUGCGGCAGACGCUGGUCCCAGCAUGGAGGACGAAUAUCUGGACCAGAUCAACCCCAUUUAUGACGCGCUCUCCUUCGCAGCCACGGAGGAAGAGGCUGCCAUGUCCACCGACAAGGCCUUUAUCAUGUCCAGGGCUAUGUAUGUCUGAGCCCUGAGGCUGGAUUUCCACCCGAGGCCCAGAGAUGAGGAUGCUGUAUCUUGCGCUGGUCCUGGAGAGAUGCUGCUUCUUUUGACGGUAUAUCCCCUGUUAGAUGCCCAGCGUGGUUCCCUUGAAAAUUCUGGGUUUCUCAUGUGCCUUAGAUGGGCAGGAGCACAUCCUGCUCAAAGCAGGUCUUCUCAUUCCUUCUGUUCCUUCUCCAGCCAGGCCAGAGCUAGGGACUGUCCCCCAAACAUACGUAGUGCCUUCAUCUUUUGUCUUUUGAAAUGGGCCUGAUGGCGGCUUAUACCCUCCCAGCCUCCCCCAAAGUCUAGUGGACCUUCCUGAGCCAAAUUUCCCUGACCCUGAGCCAUCUGGCUGUCGGACAAAUGCUACGUUGACAAUAGAAUCCAGAGUCCUCAGAACUACUUCCCAUGCGUGGAUGCAGGGCCAAGUAUCUCCCCCUGUGGACUCCCCCCUAUUUGACUCCUGCCAAAGCCAGUUGGGGGUGGAAGGUGGAUUUUAUACCUCCUUAGGUUACCCCCCUUCUCAUGAUGCCCCUGUAUUAACCUUUCCUGCCUGGAGGAUGCCUGGUACCUGGUAAAACGACGACUCCUGGGCUGUGCCUCUUCGUAUUGCAGAUGGAGGUUGCCUGAUUGCUCCUUGCCACCCCCAAAAGGGAAAAGAAUCCUACACAUAGAAAAUGGGCAUGUUGGAAAGAAGUCUUUUCUAGACUCCCCCAGCAUCUAGUUUUCUCUGGGUGGAGAGUUUUCCAUGUGUGUCGGGGUGGGGGAGAUUCAGUCGCGCAGUUCCGUCUGCACUCUGGAACAGAACAAUCCAGGAACACCACCAGAUGAGAGCUUUUUCUCUCUAGACCAGACUCCGAGAUACGAUUGGAACUAUCUUCACGUGACAUGAUCACGCCUUGGUGAAUGUUUAGGCUCAUUCCAGAAGGCACAAGAAAUGCCUGCCAGGUGCCUGGCAACGACCACCACAGUGUUAGCCAUCUUUUGGGUUUGACAUGCUAGAUUCCUCAGCCACGGGGUGGUCAACUUGUCGCGGGUACUCCGCUUCUCAUUGUGUCCUCGAAACAAUCUUGGCAUGCGCUCCUGACUGCGCAUGGCGUCCCCAACCAAGCACCCGAGAGUAUUGCUCCCUCCUUGCCCAAAUACACUGCCAGCCCCAGGGAGUUGGGGUUUCCCCAUGUGAGUGAGUGCAAAAGAUAGGGUCUCUUUUGCUGUUGAAAGCUGAGCUCUCCUCCCCAAGCAACCAUAUGCACACACCCCAGGAGGUUGCAGCUGCAACAGACUAUGCCUCGUGGCCUUACUGUAGAGAGCCAAGGGCAAGUGGCAUCUCCUCCUGCGGCGGUAUUCAAGGGGUGGCUGGGCAGGUCCCUACAACGAGUGCUUUUUUAAAAGGGGGGGCUAGGACUUCCCUGCUUGGGCUACCUCCCAACUGCAGUGUUGAAGGUGCCAAUUUAGCACUAGGCCAAGGAUAUGAGCUGUGACAGCCUUUUUAGCAAGGGGGUUGGAAACGGGAUGGACUUGCACAGGUAUCUGUGCAUAACAAUCCUCUCGUUGGGUCUGCGGCACGUCAUCAGGACUCGACCCCAUGCCAAAUCCUGGAACCUGAAGGGUGGCAAGGCAGCUUGUGCUGCCUCACUUGGCUCUGGCCAAAGGAGGGAACUGCAGGGAGAACAGCAAGGAAGGAUCUUCACAUCAGUUGGGCAAAAUAUGUCGUGUGGCAGCUCCCUAUAAAAGCUGUCAGGCGCAGGUUACUGUUGCUGUGUUGCUGGCAAGAGGCCACUUUCUUCCACAAGCCCAAGUUUGGAGUGCUAUGCCUGAUAUCGCCUAUUACCCCAACAAGGACCAGUUAGGCUGGUGGGGACUGUUGCAGUACGAUGUCACUGUGAAGCCUUCAAGUGUCUGCA